AUGCUCACGAGCCCCGGCGUGGGGCACGUCGCCCCGGUGGCCGAGCUCGCCAGGAGACUCGCCGCACACCACGGCUUCACCUCCACGAUCGUCACCUACACCAACCUCUCCUCGCCAACGAACUCUUCCGCGCUGGCCACCCUCCCACCGGGCGUCUCCACCACCGCGCUCCCGGAGGUGCCCAUCGACGACCUCCCCGCCGACGCGCACAUCGUGACCCGCAUCCUCAUCGUCGUCCAGCGCACGCUCCCGCACCUCCGCGCGCUGCUCCGUUCCCUUCUCGACUCUCCCGCCGGCAUCACGGUCUUCCUGACCGACAUGCUGUGCCCAGCAGCGCUCGCCGUUGCCCAAGACCUCGGCGUGCCGCGAUACGUCUUCUACACGUCGAGCCUCAUGGCGCUGUCCUCGAUGCUCGGCGCCCCAGAGCUCGUCAGAACCACCACAUGCGAGUUCCGCGACCUCCCAGAGCCCGUCAUCUUCCCGGGGUGCCUGCCGCUGCACGGAGCCGACCUCGUCGAACCCCUCCAGGACCGUGCCGACCCCGUGUACGACCUCCUGGUCGACCUGUGCCUCGACUACCUCCGCGGCGACGGCUUCAUCGUCCACACCUUGAACGCCAUGGAGCACGAGACUCUGGAGGCGCUCAAAGAUCUUUCCGACAAGGGCGUGUACCCUCCGGCCUACGCCGUCGGCCCGUUCCUCCGCUCCUACUCCGACAAGUCCGCCGAGCACAACUGCAUGCAGUGGCUGGACGGGCAGCCGGACGAGUCGGUCUUGUACGUGUGUUUUGGCAGCGGCGGCACGCUCUCCAGCACGCAGACCGCGGAGCUGGCAGCUGGGCUGGAGGCGAGUGGGCAGAGGUUCCUGUGGGUUGUGCGGCUCCCCAGCGACAAGGACAGCUGCGGGAGCUACUUUGGCCCCGGGGACCAUGUCGACGACCCGCUGAGCUACCUGCCGGAGGGGUUCACGGAGAGGACAAGGGGCACCGGGCUUGUCGUGCCGCAGUGGGCGCCGCAGGUGGAGAUCCUGGGCCACCGCGCUGUGGGGGGGUUCCUGUCGCACUGCGGGUGGAACUCGUCGCUGGAGACGGUGUCCUCCGGCGUGCCGGUGCUAGCAUGGCCGCUAUUCGCCGAGCAGAGGAUGAACGCCGUGAAGCUAGAGCACGUCGGUCUGGCGCUGCGAGUGAGCGCCCGGGUGGACCGGGUGGUGCCGCGGGAGGAGGUGGCCGCGGUGACGAGGGAGCUGAUGGUGGGCGAGAAGGGCGCCAUGGCGCGGAAGAAAGCGCGUCAGCUGCAGGCGGAGGCUUCGAAGGCGUCGGUACCAGGCGGGCCAGCUCACCAGGCGCUCGCUGCCGUCGUCGACAUGUGGAAGUGUGCUCCUUCAAGUCCCGCCGUUGCAGCUGGUGGACUGUGA